AUGGAGAGGGAACAAGAUGCUUCUCUGGGAGUCUUUGAGAUGACGGCAUCUCAGCUCCAGAUAAAAUUGAAGGUCAGCUGCAUCGAUAUGUCGACCAAGCUCAAGAUAUCAGGAGGAUUAGAAGCGAAGCUCAAUAUCUCUUCCGUGUGGAGAACAGGGGACCAUUUCAAUUCCUGCAUUCACAUUCGACAACAACAAAUAUUUGACGAGAGACUCAAGUGGAAAGAAAUCAAUGUAACUCUCAGUCCUCCAGCAGCAGCAGAACCUGUCAGACUCCCACCGGAUCUGCAGUUUCUCUUCCCUGUCCCAAUCAGUCGUGUAUCACCUGCAAAACAUCAGUCAUCCACAGUCCAUAUCCCCACCUCUGGAUCUACAUCCUUGCCCCCACAUCCAACACCCACUUCCCAUGCUCUCCCGCAGCCUCACCACCCCAUACCCCACGUGCCCACUUCACACCUCAGCUCACACCCCACCCCCGACUCCACAAUCCAUCCCCACCUCACACCCUGCAGCCCCCACACUCUUACCCCACCCCACACCACACUGCACAUUCCACACCCACCCUUCCCCACCCUAUUCCAACCUAUACACCCCAUCACCCCAUACCCCGCCCCUCACGCCACACCCUGCUACACGCCCUAUCCACACCCCACCCCAUACCAACUUGUCCUCAGGACAAAGCAGAGUCAGUCGGACGAAGCCAGAGACGCAGCUGUGGCUGACAGACCACCACCACCUCCUCCUCCUCCUCCUCCUCCUGUUAAUAUCUCACAUUCCUCUGCUGUUUAUUACUCAUUCCUCCUCCUGCUGUGUCUCCCUCUCACCCACCCGGGAAUCUAA